AUGGAAUACUUCCUCGUAAUACUAACUCUGCUGUUGGCUUCGGACUGGUCCGUUCAAGUCGUAACCAAACCCAAAUCUCCCAAGGAACCCCUGAAGGAGCCAUUAAAAAAUAAAACGGAAGUAGUCCCCCUUGAUGGGACACUAAUUGCCACCGUAACAGCCGCACCGGAAAAACUGGCCGAGGUCCACAUUGACCAGCACAAAACAAUUCGGAUUAGCAAGGGAGAUCUGGAUGAUCUGCUGGAUGUUUAUAUGGGGAAGAUAGCUGAGAGUGCCGCCACCAUAAAGGAUAAGGAACACGAGAUCAACCAAUUGCAGUCCAAGGAUCAAACGGACGAUGAACUCCUUAAGAGAUUCCAGAAUCUAACAGAGGCUUGCACUGCCCAGAACGCUUCCUUUACGACCGAGAUCACGGAGAAGGACGAUAAGAUCAAGGAGCUGGAGCAGAAAGUUAAAGUCUACGAGACCCGCCUGAAGAGAAAGCAGCACCUGGUGACAGAUCUAAGGAAACAAAACACAUCCAACGCCCUGCUAAUAGAUCAUCUCAAGGGAAAGGUAACAUAUUUUCAAAGGAAAUUCCGGGAGAAGAGGGACGACCUUCUGGCAGACUGGGAGGCGGCCACCACUACAUGUUUGCCUUAUGGUAGCUCGCCCGGGAUUCACUUGAUUCAACUCCCGGACUUUCUUCCCUUUUUGGUGGCCUGCGAGGGUCAAACCGCCGCCGGACCCGGCUGGAUGGCCAUCCAGCGAAGGCUGGACGGUUCCGUGAACUUUUACCGCAACUGGGAUGCCUAUAGCAAGGGUUUUGGCAAGCUGAACGGCGAGUUCUUUAUGGGUCUGGAGAAAAUCCACCGCCUGACCACAUCCCAGCCCCACGAGUUGUACAUUAGCUUCAAGAGAUUUGGUGGCGAAACGAGUUAUGCCCAUUACGAUGACUUCCUUAUCGGCAGCGCAGAGGAAGGCUACGAGCUGACGCUGCUGGGUCACUAUCAGGGAAACGCCAGCGAUGCCUUGCGCACCCACGACAAGAUGAAGUUCUCGACCUUCGACCGGGACAACGAUGCCUUUACCCACAUGAACUGUGCGGUGCAUCAUCAAGGAGCUUGGUGGUAUGACUUUUGCUCUAGGAGCAACUUAAAUGGCAAAUACUUCAAGGAGGAGGUGGACAAUGCCCAGGCCAUUUACUGGGAGCCCUGGUACAGCUUUCGUUCUCUCAAGUCCGUGCAAAUGCUCAUUCGACCCAAGAGCCAAUUGGAGCUGAAGGACUGGGUGUCCAGGACCAAGCGAAGACCCAGGACUCUGUGAUAAGGAGCUUCUCCCUCAAAUAAUGUCUUCUUUUUGCUUAAAUAUAUACAUAUAUACAUCUCACUUUG